GCUUGAAGCAAAGACUGUUCGGGACUGAAGUACAUAUUUACCUGUCUGGUUUGCCUCACGGAGUGGCAGGCUUGUAGAAUAUCGACUAUACUUCUUAGGGUUGAACCGCCGUACAACACCAGCAGAGCCUCUUCCUUCACUUUCUGGAACGAGUUACACCAUGUUGAUCGUUAGUACGACGAUUAGCUCAACUGCGCCGCGAGACUAAUUGCUUAGUACAACGAUGGGUCAAUUCAACCUGUUGUAGUCUUGGCUCUUAUAUUGACGGACUCUGAAGACACAUGCGUAACCUAGACUCUACACCACCUCGAUAUCCUCGUGACGUCGAGGAGUUGCCUAUCGAGGUCAAGCUUUGGUCACCUUGAUCUAAAUAGAAAAAAGAAGAAGAAAAAAGCAGUGACACUAUUCUCGAAAAAUGUAGCACGCGAGCUUAGACUCUUCUAAGCGAUCGUCAGCUAAAAAGAGCCUCAUUCUCUGCGAAACUUGCUCUUGACCCAAACACCAACCAACCACGAAUUUCCAACUCGCUAUGAUUGCUCCUUUUCGACUAAUCGAAUUUGAGAACAAAGAUAUGGGGCGUCCACGAAUUCGUUGGCAUUCCUCGGAGCGGGGGUAGGCUCCUUGGACGCGAUAAGGCUGUGAAUCUUGACUCGGAACUCGAGGACUCUUGCGGCUCUGCUCCCCUCUUCUCGUCUCAUGAGGGACUUUAUAACGACCGGGGCGCUGUGAAUAGCGUCGUAUCUUGUAUACAGCUCGGUGUAUCCUCUCACUUGUGAACAUGAACCCACGCCGCUCAACAGGAUCUUGUCUCCUCGCUCUCUCCUCGCAGCAUCGCCAUGAGCAUUCUCAAACUACCUGUCGAGAUUGUUUCUCUUCUUGUUGAGUUACUCAACGUUGAAGAUGUGUUCAACUUGGCUCUAUCCUGCAAAUCUUUGACCUACAUUCUCUACGAUAGACGAAUGUGUCGUCUUGCACUCUUGAAGGCACCGUAUUCCGCAGAGGCUCAGGAGGCGCAGUCUACCAAGGACUUCCCAAGGUCAUUCCGUAAGCUUGCUAAGCGGCGAAUGGCUGUCCAGGCAGCGGAGCCAUGGAUGGUUGCUAUAGUUGCCAUGGCAGAUCGUUUCAUUUAUACAAAUGGACACUUGUGCUACACUGUUAAUAGCAACCAUCUCCGUGUCCUCAGCACACUCGACAAAAAGUCCACGUCUGAAAGGAUAGUCGAUGUUCCGCUACUCCUCAAGCUCGCAGUAAGAGAUUACGAUCCUCGAAGACCGCAUACAUUUGAACCCCUUUACUACGCCGAGGGCGUCUUAUCAUGUCUUGCCACUCAAGUUCUCGAAGACUCCACCACGAGCAAUUGGCUUGUCAUCUUCGAGCUCAGAGAAUCUCCCACAUGGGUUGUCGUACAAAGGCCGUGUUCAAGACACCCGCUAUUUGUACGCAAUGACAAGAAUUACCUGUUCUGGGGUUCAAAAUCACAUGCCAGACUAGACGGUAGCUACAGAUGGGGUAUUCAUUGCCUCAAUCUCCAGACUCGCAAGUGGUCAGAUCCACAGCUGAUUCUAUGGGACCUCGACGGGGAAAGUAUAGGGUCUGACAUCUGCUUUGAAAUCAUCGAUGGUCAAUUUUACUGUGUUUCGAACACGUUCAGAACAGAAGCCGAUGAUGGAAUGCGCAAUAACUUCUACCAAGUUGUGAGGUUCCCUGUGGACAACGCGGUCCAUGACAAAUGCGAGAAGCCUCUGAUGCGUAACCUCUGGCGUCUCCAUGACUCAGAGGGCGCAGUUGACGAGCGUUGGACUUCAUUACAGCUUGCUAAAGACGAGAGAACAGGCAAUCUCUUCAUUGUCGAGACUCGAAAGGAGUGGUUCCCGGUAAAUGCAGGCAGCCAGAGGACAUGCUACAAAAAGGAGCUUCACUUUGACAAACAAGAAGAAGCCCCUCAGCCAGAGCCUUCUCUGCCCACUCCGCCAGAUUCGACCGUGGAUAGCCUCGAAGACGAUGAAUGGAGUAGCGAGGAUCAUAUUGAAGAACGAUCGAAUGAGACAAUCCACAUUGGUGACGGCCCAUCUGAUGCCACAGCAUACACCCUCCAAGAAUGCUUUGUGCGUUCAUACAACCCAUCGUGCGAUGCUUUCAUCGACCUUGUUUCUGAGGCUUACAGCCCUGACUCGAUGUUACAGCUCAGAGUACAGCCCAAGAAACGAGAACCGUCAGUCAAUAUAUGGCCACGAGACCAAGAAACAUGCCACUACAAUAGUGACUUGGCUCAGCUCCAAGGCGUUGUCAACCCCAUCCAGCCUGUUCAAGGGAUCGAAUGGUCUAUGGAUGAGCGAAUCUUGGUGUAUUCACCAACUCAUAUGGCCUACGGACAAUUGAGGCCCAUCAUACUCAUGUCGUUCGACCCAGAAUAUGUUCUUCAGCGCUUUCCGAAUUAUGCAACACAAACUCAAGGUGCAAAUGGCCAUCUCGGUGCCUCUGCCCGUUCGGAAACAAGUAGCGGACAGAAAGGCAUACUAUGGUCAUCAAACCAGGAUUUUGGUGAGUCUGCCUCGCCAGAAAAGAAUGAUCCCAACGCAUCUGCCAACUUUGUCAGAUCACGCCCCUCGCUUUACCAGACGAUGAGUAUGGGAAACGGGAAUGCACAUGGUUUUGAUCUCUCAUACCCAUGCCCUUGGCGAUGAACUCGUGCGUGUGUGUGUGUGUGUGUGGAAGAGGCCUCGGUUCUAUUGCGUGGCCUUGAGGCCUUCCAUAGCCCUGUCAGGGAUCGUCUUGGAGCAACACAUUGCUACAAAUAUGAGAAAGUAUAGUCAGUAAUAAUAGAACCUCACGGGAUUAUACAGGACGCCACAGUAAUACAGUGAAUUCUCGGCAAGGAAACAAGACGGUCC